UCUUUGCUCUCUGUGCUCUGGAAGCCUCAUUCGCCCAUACCAAGAUCACCUCGACAAUCUCCAUCGACUUUAACGCCCGUCCCCAGCGCUCUUCGAAUGGUCCCUGUGCUCGACUUGCACACCGAGGUCUUCAUUUCCACCCACCGAGCGACCGAGGAUGUUUAGUCGAAGCCUUAGCAGAUCACAGACAGAGAGCUUUUCAAGAAGUCGACGAUCCACGAGGACGAAAACUUCGUUCAGAGAGCAUGCGGUGUCGAAGGACCGUCCUGAACGAACCCGUAAACCUCCGGCCGAGGAGGCUCUUCAGCUCGGAGGUACUCUAACCUCAUCGAUAAUCACACUCGUCGUCGGGCGAGAACAGCGGCUCUUCGCUGCGCAUGAAGACGUCCUGUGCAUAUCGCCAUUCUUCCAAGCAGCCUGCAGAGGCCAGUUCAUGGAAGCACAGAACAAGCGAAUCUAUCUGCCCGACGAAGAACCAGAAAUCUUCUCCUCCGUCCUCGAAUAUCUUUACAAAGGAGAUUACUAUCCCCGGCUGGUUCAUAAUAAGCGGAAGAACGCAUGGGAAUUUGAGACGAGCGAUGGGGCAGCCGGAAAUGUAGAGUCAACGGUUUACCAUCACGGUGUUGAUGGUGAGUUGUUGAAGGAUACGGUGAUCUAUUGCACGGCGGAGAAAUAUGGGUUAGAUGAACUGAAGCGUGUUGCGUUGAGGAAGCAAGGUUUGCAGUCCGGGAUCCAGUGCAGCACAAUCCUCUCCUCGGCACGCUACGCCUACGCCAACACGCCCGAGACCGACUCCAAACUCCGAGCCCAUUACCUGGCUCUCAUAAUCAGGAGCCGUGGGACCUUCAAGCGCAGCGGGACUAUGCAGCUGGAGAUGCUUGCUGGAGGGAGCCAACUGUUCUUUGAUCUCUUCGUCGCGUUGUGCAAUCAUGUCGAUGAUGUUACGAGCAUUGCGUGAAUCUCUCCUCUAUCUAGCCCUCCUUCUUGACCACACCCACUGACGACAAAUUCAGAGGAUCGCCACGCAGCUUACGAACUCAUCAUUAAUCCUCUCCGACCCCUUCAAUUUCUCAACAACUUCUUCCUUCACAAAACUGCAAUGGAAUCUAACGACUUGUUCUUUUUCGUAUUUGAUACCAGGCG